AUGACUCGUUAUUUCUGCUGUGGAAGCUACUUCCCAGGCUAUCCUUGCUACGGAACCAAUUUCCAGGGGACCUACAGAGCCACCCCGCUGAACUGCGUUGUGCCCCUGGGCACUCCCCUGCACCGCGCCUACAGCUCCCGGAACUUCUGCUUAAAUGGUUGCAGUGGUUGUUGCUAUGGCAGCAGCUUUUACAGGCCUUGGGGUUCUGGCUCUGGCUUUGGUUACAGCACCUACUGAUGGACCGGUGGCACU